AUGCCCAGUAAAGCAUCGCAGGAUUGGGACAGUCUUGUGGCAUGGUUCGAGGAAUGCCAUGUGGGGUUUCGCAUGAACAUUGAGUUGAGGGAUACCCCAGGUGUCCUUCGUGGUCUUGUUGUCACGGAAGAUGUAAAGGAGCGAGCCACGUUACUGCACAUCCCAGCUGCCUCCAUGCUCAACCCCCUCACUCUCCUUGCCUCCGACUCGACCUCCAAAGUCCUAUCAAAAGGCCCAAACUUUUCCAUCCCCCGACACCUCUUUCCCCAACCAUCACAUGUCACAUCAGCCGUCAACUCUUCAAAGCGCCUCAAAACCUCGCCUGCUGGCACUGACUCGUCGCAAAGCAAGCAGCUAGACACCACCGAGCUUCUCACGCUCCAUCUCGCUCUGAGCCGAGACCCUCACAAGAGAUAUACAUCAGACUGGCAGGUAUACCUCGAAACACUUCCCAAAGAUUUCAGGCCUUGGCACCCAUUAACGUGGCUCGUCAAACCAGACCCCGGAACAAAAGAGGCAGUGGAAGGCUGGAAUUGGUGGGCUGAUUUGUACGAAAAUCACGCAUCACCGACUUUGAAAUCGAAAGUGGCAGAGGUGAAGAAGCGAUAUGACGCGGACAAGGCUGUGAUAUUGUCCACUCUGCGUACUGAGGAACCAUUCAAAUCUCAUUCUCUAGCAACAACAUUGACCGAAGAAGAUUUACUCUGGGCAUGGCUCAAUAUCAAUACUCGAUCUAUAUCCAUCCCUCUCGGCCUACCAGGCCCUACAGAGAGGAUGAACCACACCCUGGUCCCCAUCCUCGAUAUGAUCAACCAUUCUUCAGAUCCCUCUGUUACUGCCCCACGUGUAAAACAACUCCCUGCUCCCACCCCCACACCAGCGUCAUCCACUACGCGCGCCAAGAAAUCCCACAAGUCUACAAGUUCCGACGAUUGGGCCAGUCACGCCACCCGCUACUCCCGCAACGGCCUCCACCUCGUCCCAGGCAAGAUUGAUCUCGAACUCAUCGCCCCGGAGCGCAAGAUGGCACAAGGCGAAGAAGUCAUGUUUGAAUACGGCGGGCAUGACAACGCGACUCUGCUGGCAGAGUAUGGUUUCUUGGAAGAGCCAGAUGGGGCCGAUGAUCAAAAGUGGUUGAAUCUAAAGUAUGGAGAGCUCGAUGUGGGGUGGAUCGUGGAUGAGUUGUGGGCGGAAAAGGUAGGGUCUCUGGAAGAGGACGAAGAAGACGGAGAAAAGGGUGGAAAGCGAAAGGCGCUGGAGGGUAUCGGAUGCUGGGGCGCCAACAUCAUACACGCACAACCCUCUCCUCCACACCCCUCCCACUCCCUUCUCAUGACCCUUCGUGUCUUGCACCUCCCUACAGGCUCACCCAAGCUCACCGGUAUCCAACAAGGAUACUCGACCUACGUCUCUCCGUCGAACGAGCUCGCUGUCAUGUCGUCUUUGGAGCAUAUCUGCACGAGGGUGGUCCAGGAAGCGGAGAAAAGGUUGAAGAAUCUGAAAAAGCUGGACAAGGAACUCAAGGCUGAGAAGGGAGCAAUUGCAGAGAGACAGGCGAUGCUGGAGAUGAUGGAGGGGUUGUAUACGGAAGAGAAAGUGCUAUCCAAGAGUAUCCUGGAGAGGAUAGAAGCUGGAGAGGAUCUUUCAUGA